UAAAUGAUGUAAACAAGGAAGUAGCUAUUGUAAUCGGGUUUAAAGAAGAACUGCUACGUAGGCAAGUGAAAUAGUCGGUACUGAGAGAGAUGUCGUUUGAAAAACUGGGACAGAACAGAAAGGGCACUAACAGACAAAAAAGACGUUGUGACAAAAAAAGUUACUACAACGUCAACACUGCUACCUAGUGGUCAUCACGAGGUACAGCAGGUCUCGAGCACACUGAUGCAACUCAGUCGUCCUUGUACUUAUUUGUUGCAGACAAUGAGUAUAAUUAAUGUUUUCAAUUUCAUAUGGCGAUAAUUAAUAUAAAAAUAAAAUCAAAACAAAUCAGUGUUUUACUUGAGUGCAAUUGGUGUGUUAUCUUUCCAUUUCUGAGUAGCACGUCGUAGCUAGUAAAGCAGUAACACUAAGUCACCGAGCGGGGGCGAAAAUGUUGCCACUCUGCCGGAAAAAGCAGCCGAAGAAGAAACAUGCAGUUUCCCCAUUACAAAAAAACAACAACAGAAGCCUCGUAACCAGGAAGUAGUUAUCCUCCGCAACACAAUCAUUGACAUUAAAUGAAGUUUUAAAAUCAAAUUUUGUGAAAAUUGGCACUGAAUGGAGAAUGGAGGAAAGUCACAAGAAGGUUCUUCAGAGGUACAGGAUAAAUAUUGUCACAUGUUUGGAUCCAUUGAGCGUCUUUGACCGCCUUUUGGAGAAAGGUGUAUUUACUCAAGACAUGAUCGAUAAAAUAAAGAGCUCUGGAACAAGACGGGACCAAGCCAGGCAACUGGCCCGGGACCUGGAGACCCGUGGAAGUCGGGCCUUCCCGCUGUUUUUGGAAAGUCUUCAUGAGUCAGACCAGCACAGUCUGGCGGAGCUUCUCCAAAGCGGAGCACCAGCAGUUCAGGGAUCGACAUCUAACCGCCUCGUGUGCCCUGUUGUCCGGACUCUUCCAGUGCCAUCUGCAGUGGAUUUCCAGAAGCAAAUAAAGACUACUGUGGUGCCGACCCCCACAUUAUCACCUGAGAGGGAGACCCUACAAUCGCAAACCCAGGUCAGAGCCCGCAUGCAAGGCAGGACCCGACGGGAUAGCCUACAAAGCUACAAAAUGGACGCCAGACCGUGUGGACACUGCCUCAUUAUUAACAAUGUGGCGUUUGAGCCACAGAGUGAGCUUAGUGACCGCUCAGGUUCGAAUAUCGACUGCGACAAGCUGGAGAGAAGAUUCCAAGAGCUUAACUUCAUGGUGGAAGUCAAAACAAACCUGAAACAAAGAAAAAUCAAGCAAGAACUGUUAGGUUUGUCAAAGAAGGACCAUUCGCCGUAUGACUGCUGUGUGGUCAUCAUUCUGUCCCAUGGGACCGAGGUGAGUCACAACAGAUUCCCCGGUGCUGUAUAUGGUGUUGAUGGACAGUACGUUCCGGUUCAACAUGUCACAAACUACCUCAACGGGAAACACUGUCCAUCCCUGCAGGGAAAACCUAAGCUUUUCUUCAUCCAGGCCUGCGGUGGAGGGGAAAGAGACAGAGGCUUUGAGGUGUUUGAUGAGGUGGAACCAUCGAAUAGCGGAGAGGAUGACCAGACGGACGCCAUCCCCAUGUCAUCCAGCAGCGACUCCCUGAGCAUGUCUGAUGAACCCGAUGCCAGAGCCACACUGCCCACCCCAAGUGACAUUCUGGUCUCCUACUCUACUUUUCCUGGCUACGUGUCUUGGAGAGACACUCAGUCUGGCUCCUGGUACAUCGAGACGCUGGACCGCAUCCUAGAAGAAAAUGCUGCUACUGACGAUCUGGUCACGAUGUUGAUGAUGGUCCUCCGGCAGGCUGUUCCACAUACGGGGGCCAUAAAACUGGAAGGGUAGAAAGUAGAAGGGUCUCUGUGUCCUGAUUAUCCUGCUAAUUUGGCAGGGGCUUUUUCUUGACUGUUUGUGCUUCUGCACCAGACAGUAGUUCAGAAUACUUGCCUUUUUUAAGUCCCUAAGAAAGAGUACUGGAAAGUGUUCCCUCGAGCGAUUCCCUUGUUCUGCUUUGGGUAUAGUGACCAUAAGGACAAGAUCCCGGGAAUGAGAUUUCUCUGUUGGGUGGAUGGACUGUGCUUUAGAAAUAAUAAGAAGCACAGUCAUCCGGGAGAGUAGAACCGCUGCUCCUCUUCAUUUAGAGGAGCCAGAUGAGGUGGACCUGGAUGCCUUCCAGACACCUCCAUGGGGAGUUGCUCAAGGCACGUCCGACCGGUAGGCUUCUGGAAAGACCCAGGAUAUAUGACUCAACUGGCCUGGGAACAGUAACCGGCGAGAGGAAAGUAGGGACUACCCUUUUUAGGCUGCUGUCUCCUUGACCCGACUUCAGAUCAGCAGUAGAAGAUAGAUGGAUGAAUUGACAUAUUUUUUUUUUCUGU